GCCAGGGUGGCGGUGCUGACCCACCGCGGCUCAGGCGCCACCGGCCUGCUCGGGGAUGGCGGCUGCGGGGCCAGGGAUGCUCGCGGCCGUGCCGGGACCGCCCCUGCGCCGCACGCACAGCCCCGCGUGCCGGGCCCCGUGCAGAGCCGCACUGCGGCCGGGCUGGAUGCGGCAGCGGCGAUGCUGCAGGUAAGGGGCAGCCUGGCCGCAUCCUCCGGCCCGGCUGCCUGCUGGGACGCCAGGGGCCCAGUGUGGGGACAGCACCGUGUCCCGGCUCCAGCUGCCUCUCUCGUAGCACUGAGCGCGGUGCUGUGCCAUGGGCUGUCCCGGGGGCUGCCCGGGGGCUGCCCUUGCCCGCCAGCUGCUGCUGCUCAGCCUCCUGGUGCUCUGCUCAGCAGGUGAGGCUGCGGUGGGGUCUGGCACGCAGCUCUGGCAGCAGCACCCGCUGCAGCACCGACCCGCCACAGGCUCUCCGGCAGGGCUGGGGGAGCCGGGCCCCACCAUCGAUGGGCAGGCGCUGGCACUGUGCACGCUGCGGGAGGGCGAGAGCCGCAGCUUCACCUGCCAGGCCCCCCGGCCGGCCCCCGGUGCCGCGCUUCUGUGGUACCUCGACGGCCAGAGGCAGGAGGCGAACUGUUCGGCCACCGAUGCCACCAGCACCAUCACCCUCACCGCCCGGCGCAGCGACCGCCAGCUCAGCUGCUCCCUGAUGGACGUGGCCUCUGGGGAGAAGCGCGACGCCUCCGUCCUCCUCGACGUGCAGUCCCGAGCAGGACGGCAUCUCACCAGUCCUGUGCAGGCGUGCCUGUCGCGUGCUCCUGGGGAGACAAAUCCUGCUCCUGGCGUCGCCGCCCCCGUCCCUCCACCCAUCUCACUGCCCGUUUGUUGCUCAGAUAAGCCGGAGAUCCUGCAGGCAAACGCCCGCUACCAGGAGGCCGAGGGCACCGGGCUCCUCCUGCUGCUCUUCGUGCUGGUGCAAGCCAACCCGCCCGCCAGCAUCACCUGGGUGGCCCCAGACGGGCAAGUGAUGGCCAACACCUCCGAGUUCCUCCUCCUGGGCACCACGCACCACCCGGGACUGGCCAACCACUCUCUCCGUGUGCACCUCAGCAGCGUGGCCGCCAACUUCUCUGUCAGUGCUGCCAACAGCAUGGGUGUCACCACCACGAGCGUCACCACCGCAGGUGUCACCACCGCCUCCCUCCUGCCCACAGGUCUGCUGGAUGCCCGUGUGGAGCUGCCCCUCCUGGGCGUCGCCGUGGGAGCAGCCCUGGCGCUGAGCGCCCUGGUGACCCUGGGCUCGUGUGCCGCGGGGCUGGCGUGCCGCCGCGCCAAGCCGGUGGCAGGUGCAGGGCCAGAGGGAGGGAGCGGCCCGCUGCGCCGCGGCUCCGGCUACCAGCACCAUCGCGACACGUGUCUGCCCCGGCAGAGCCGGUCCCUGCCGCCCGACCUGCGCCUCGGCGACCUCGCGCCGGAGCCCAUAGCUUCCCCCGGGGACGCGGGAGCCGGCGCUGGGGAAGAGCGCAGCGCGCGGCUGGGGCUGCAGGACUCCCUGGUGCUCGGUUUUGUGCAGCUCCCCACGUCUGGGCGCAUCUACAAAGUGCCCAGCGUGAGCAGUGACGAGAUCUGGCUGUGAGGCGCGGCGCCCGCGAGCCGGGGCGGCCCGGCACAGGUACGUACCCGUCUUGGCAGAGGCGCAGCCGCGGUGCCGGGCGCCCACCAGCCCCCGGCUGUGCAGAAACAGCCAAGGCAUGUUUUUAUGUAGCCCGUGCGCUUUACAAAUGAGACUAUUGAUUUUCCUCCCCGCCCCACCGCAGCUGUGCGGGCGGCAGCGCAGCACGGGCCGCAGGGCUGCCCAACAGCAAUAAACAGCACUUGAGCGUC